UGGGCGCGUCGUAUAGUAAGUACUACCGUGACGGUUAACGAAGUUGUUCAUCUGCGCCACCGCCACCUAUGUAAGUACCAUCACCGCUUGCUUCCCGCGACGGCACUCCCUUCGCUCACUACCGCCAUCGUCUUCGUCUUCCUCGGAGUCCAAGUACAACAUAUUACAUCUAUUGCUACUAUCGCUGCGAAUGACCAUGGACUUCUUUUCGCUCAACGACGACGUCUUGUCCAUCAUCCUUGCGCACCUCUCCACACGCGACGCUUGCCAGCUCACCAUGACCUGCCGCGCAGGCCACGCCGUCGCAAUGCCCCAAUUCCUGCGAGAGGUCAAGUUCCUGUGUAUCUCGCCGAGGAGCGCGGAGCGCAUCCGCCAGUUCUGCGCGUUCAUGCUCGCAGACCCCGACCGGCGCAUCCCAUGUCUGCGUACGCUGCGCUUGCUAGGUCCCGCGUUCUCUCUGCGGGAGGAGGAGGAGAGAGAAGGAGAGGGCACCUGGAGGUACGAGUGCCCGUGUCACUUGAGCAGGGUGCUGCAGCACGCGACCCGCCUGCGCGAGCUGCACCUCUGGGCCGCCGGCGACCUUCUCCAAGCCUCGGACUGCUUCAUCGACGCGCUCGCGGGCCUCCCCGCCCUCGACGUCGUGCACAUGCACGGCCGGCCGUGGGCGUGCCAGCUACUCUACCGCAUGGCCGCCCGCCCGCGCACCGUCCACCUCCACGCGGAGCGCCUCGCCCGCCGCGGCCUCCCCGCGAGCGACUUUGCGGGCAUACACUUCCCCGCGCCGCUCAGCGCCGCGCUCGAGGACCUCCGCCUCCAGCAGUGCAUCGCCCUCGCGGAAAACCUCUUCCACGCGAGCAUCAUCUUUCCCGCCCUCCGCACGCUCACGCUCUCCGGCUACUGCGCGGCGCUCGCGAGCAUUGCGAGCGUCUUCCCUGGACUGAAGUGUCUGCGGCUGCAGGACGUGACGUUCGCCGCGGAGCAGCCGAUCGCGGCGUGGACGGAGCUCGCGUGCGUGCAGACAAACGGAGACCUGGGGAUCCCGCUGGUGUGCAAGGUACGGAGGCUGGAGCUGCACGUGUCGCUGAACGUACACGAGCGCAUGCCGCUGUUCGUGUCUCUCAUGCAGCGGGCGACGCCGACAGUCCUGUUCUGCACCGUCGCGCACAACCGCGUCGCAGAGUGGAUGGACGGGCUUGCGGGCGCGGCGCGCGGGCUGCGGUACCUCCACCUCGCGCUCCAGUCGCUCGACGAGACAUUGAUCACGAGCUGCGCUGCGGUGCUGGGCGACGUCGCCCUGAAGGGCCUGUCCUUCGGCUACACUGGGCGCCUGCCCUCUGCAGGCGAGCCCUGUGCGUCGUCGCUUGCGCGCAAGGUUGCGGCGUGCGUGCGGUCCGUGGAGUUUGUCGGGUUUAACAUGCGUGGGUACGCCUCGGUCGUUUAUAAUGACCUUGACGCGGUCACCUGGUACGCCGUCGGGCGCGAGCAGGGCGGCGUGGACGUCGAGCGGCUGACGGACUGGAGGGCGCAGAAAGCGUUGAGGGAGCUGUCGGGUGUGACGUGAUGUCGCCUGCUGUUGAUGGGCGCGGAUGGUUUCCGGCCGGGGACGUGCGUUGGUGCGUACUUCGCGGUAUCUGCGUACUGAGACUGUUGACUCUGGGCUGCAGAGUCGGGCGCGGGUCCAUGGCUACGAGUGUUGCUCCACGGUGUACUACGCACGAUAGCGGCCCGGACCUGUUUGCGCUGGCGUGCGAGCGACUUUGCGCCGUGCGUCCACCAUAAUGGCUUGAGCCUCAUACAGCGUCUGCACCCCCAGCGAACCCAUGCUGCGAGCUUGCCGAUAAAAAUCCUCGGUUUGAAUCAUCUCGAUCUCGAUGGGCAGUACCAUAAUAUAGGUUUCUAGCUCAGGCCGGUCUUGCAUAGGUUCACGGCGGACGGAUCACUGUGUAUUAUAAGCGGUGAUUGACCAUGAUAAAACCGGCUUCAAUAAGUACUGUGUACUUCGUGCGUGUAUGUGAGCGAUCAUAUAUCUGC